CGCAUACUGUAUCUUGCAUGGUAGCGCGGCCAAUAUACAACCAUACACAGCGGUUUCUUCUCAUUUCGGCCUACCUCGUUCGGAUUACAGCCUGGUAGAAAUCAGACAGGAUAUGUACCACAGUAUCCAUGGAUUUAUUUUGUAUUUUUUUCUGUCUAUUUUUGAUUUUCCAAAUUCUGGAACUUUGAGCUCUUUGUGUGUUAUUUUGCUGCUUGUUUGUGCGUCCUUUUGGAAGGGUGCUCUGCGCUCCCGUGCGUUGUGUGUUGGUUGAAAGGUCCCAGUUUGGAUAUUACACUCUAGUUUUUGUCUUCGCUCACACUGGCCCAAAUGACUGAGCGCUGAUCCAGCCUUCUGUCGGCUUCAGCAGGAAAACCUCCGUCUAAAGUUUGAAUAUAACCGUGGUUUAGGGGGUCCGUGACUACACAGUGAACUGGAUUUGCAAUUAUCUAUCGAUUGCAACCGAGAGCGGAGUUCCCUCUGCUGGAUUUAUUCAACUACUGGAUUUAUUCAUAAAUCAUGAAGACCAGUCUUGUUGAGGGUUAUUUCGAGUUCUUCCACAGUGCCCUGCUGAAAAAUACCCAAAGCAGCAGCAUGGGGGAGCGAACACACAACAAGAGCAACACAAGAUUGUGGGACAGAAACCAGCAAGGGACACUGAAAGGGGGCCGACUCCUGUUCCUUGUGUUGUGGUUAAACCUGGUACCUCGAGGAGCAGAGGGCUGCCCGGUCAAAUGUGUGUGUUACAGUGAGCCACGACCCACCGUGGCAUGCCAGCAACAAGGACUGUUCUCCAUCCCCAAUGAGAUCCCUGUGCAGAGCCAGCGGAUAUUCCUCCAGAGCAACAAGCUGGCCGUGGUCCGCUCCACCAGCUUCAGCUCUGUGCACAACCUCACCGUCCUCUGGAUGUACUCCAACAACAUCAGCCACAUCGAAGCUGGGGCCUUCUAUGGCCUGGAGCGGCUGGAGGAGCUGGACAUUGGGGACAACAGUAACCUGAGAAUCAUCAGCCCCACGGCCUUCAGGGGCCUGUUCAAGCUCCACACCCUCCACCUGCACAGGUGCGGCCUGUCGGAGUUACCUGUUGGAGCGUUCCAGGGACUGUUCUCCCUGCAGUACCUUUACCUGCAGGACAAUAACCUACUGGCCCUGCACGAUGACACUUUCCUGGACCUGGCCAACCUCACCUAUCUCUUCCUGCACAACAACAAGAUCAAGACCGUAUCGGACCACAUGCUGCGUGGCCUCAUUAACCUCGACCGCCUGUUGCUGCACCAGAACCGGGUGAUCUACGUCCAACCAAGAGCAUUCAGUGACCUGAGAAAACUGACCACACUGUUCCUGUUCUACAACAACCUGACCGUUCUGACUGGGGAGACCAUGGACCCGCUGGGGUCCCUCCAGUACCUGCGUCUCAACGGGAACCAGUGGGUCUGUGACUGUCGGGCCAGGACCCUGUGGGACUGGUUCAAACGCUUCAAGGGCUCCAGCUCAGAGCUUGAGUGUAACGUCCCACUGGAGUUGUUUGGGAAGGACCUGAAACGGCUGAAGAGUGAUGAUCUGGAAGGGUGUGUGGAAACUCCUCAGAUCCAAACCCAGCUCUUCAGCUCCAACCCGUGGUCUGGAAAAUUUCCCUCCACGGAAUAUCCUCUGGGAAAUGGAAUUCCCAGGUGUUGUCUUCCAGAUAAUGAUAAGUCCUCUAUCAUCUCCGAGAAAACCAUCCCUGACCCCUCAUCCUACAACAGCCGCCAGAUCACCAACAACCCCCUCAAGGAGAAGGAGAACAUAUCCAAGACCAAAUUCAGAGAGCAGGAGCGAACAAAAAAUGAGACCACCCGGAAUAAGCAGAGUCUCAACGACGGGCCUCUGGGGACUCUGUCCAACAACCUUGACCAGUCCUUAGUCCAACUGCAAGAUCUGGAACCUUCUACAGCCCCAACCAGGAAGAAAAAGAAGUGCACUAAAAAACCCAAAUCCGAUGCACAAUGUCUCAAAGGCCAUGGAUCUACAAUGCAGGUGGAGCUGAGUUGUAUCUUCAUGUCCAUAAUCUGGUUCUGGUUCUCUAUGGUCAUGUCUUAGGACAUUAGGGCCUGGGAUGGGAUUCAUGCUAAAUAAACAUUGUUGGGACUCACAGAUUGUUAUUAAUGCUCAUGACAAUGAUACAGAAUCUAUCUGCAGUGAUCGCUGACCUCCACUAACAGCCCAGAGACUGAUAACACAGGAAGUCAGGUUUGGACCCAUCGCCAGGGUAACAAGGACUUACAAUAAUAAAGAAGUUAAACAAAAAAGGAUGCCUUUACAGAACAUGUCUCAUCUAAUGUAUAUAACAAAUCAGUGCCCAAAAUUGUUUGUUCUGUAUGUACUGUACCUUGUCUAAGCUACACCACUUUGGAGACUCUCCUUAUUCCGUUUUCUGUCUCAAAAGCUUUUACUGCUGAGACAGUGACUGCUUAGACAGACCACAAAAAAAAUGAAUAAAAAAUUACAUGAAUUCAGAGGGUCUGAACGAACACAAAGAACGUUUAGGGUCUGUUUGUUGAAAAAUAGAUUUUCACUCCCCCAUUAUUUAUUCAAAAAGUGUUGCAUUUGUCGGGUACUGUUAUGUUUUUUAUGUUUAUAAGUAAAGACAAAUGUUUAUUCUCUCCCCAGUUUGAGUUGUGUUUUCAUCACAGUAUGGGUACGGGUAGCAUUGGCUAAAAUAAUGCUGUCUAAAUGUUUCACAGAGAUUGCAAUGGAAUCAUAGAUAUGCAUUUUAUUUUACUUGUGUACAAGUAUGAAUAUAUUAUGAAUAAAAGUUAUCCUUUGCUAUA